CUUCCUUGUGCGAGCUCCGAAUCAGAGUCCUUAGACAAGGACUCUGAGCCUUUCGUGGAAACAGAUCCGACCGGUAGAUACGGCCGUUACGACGAGCUACUCGGCUCAGGCGCAGUUAAAAAAGUCUACAGAGCCUUUGACCAAGAGGAAGGCAUUGAGGUCGCGUGGAACCAAGUCAAGCUGAGAUGUUUCUCCGACGACACAGCUAUGCUCGAGAGGCUCUACUCUGAGGUCAGGCUGCUCAAGAGCCUCAAGAACACUAACAUCAUCGCCUUGUAUAAGGUCUGGAGAGACGAGAGGAGCAACACUUUGAACUUCAUCACCGAGAUAUGUACCUCUGGGAAUCUGAGAGAGUAUAGGAAGAAGCAUAGGCAUGUGUCUAUGAGAGCUUUGAAGAAGUGGUCUAAGCAGAUACUCAAAGGGUUGGUUUAUCUCCAUACCCAUGAUCCUUGCAUCAUCCAUAGAGAUCUCAACUGCAGCAACGUUUUCGUCAAUGGAAACAUCGGCCAGGUCAAGAUUGGUGAUCUUGGUUUAGCUGCAGUCGUGGGGAAGAAUCAUUUAGCUCACUCGAUCCUCGGGACACCAGAGUUCAUGGCGCCUGAGCUAUACGAGGAGAAGUACACGGAGUUGAUUGACGUGUACUCUUACGGAAUGUGUGUUUUGGAGCUUGUGUCGCUGGAGAUUCCAUACAGCGAAUGCGACAGCGUGGCCAAGAUAUACAGAAAGGUGAGCAGUGGAGUCAAACCAGAGGCUCUGAACAAAGUAAAGGAUCUAGAAGCUAAGGCCUUUAUUGAGAAGUGCAUUGCGCCAAAAAAGUUGAGACCUUCUGCAGCUGAGCUUCUUCGUGACCCGUUCUUUGAUGGGAUAGUGGAUGAAGAAGAAGAAGAAGAAAACAAUGACAAUGGUGGAACUGGUCGUAUUGUGUCUUGA